AUGGCUACUUCUGCCGUUCUUGGCUUUCCCCGCAUUGGUCCCCAGCGUGAGGUGAAGAAGGCCCUCGAGGCGUACUGGGGCGACAAGAUUUCCGCUGAGGAGCUCCUGAAGGUGGCCAAGGAGCAGCGUCUCAACACCUACGCUACUAUCAAGGAGCAAGGCGUUGACUUUGUUCCUACUGGUACCUUCUCGCUCUACGAUCACGUUCUUGACGCGUCGAACACUUUCGGUGUUGUGCCGGAGGCGUACGCCAAGUCGGGUCUCUCGCCUCUCGACACCUACUUCGCCAUGGCCCGUGGUCACCAGAAGGGCGGCGUGGAUCUGCCUGCCACCGAGAUGAAGAAGUGGUUCGACUCGAACUACCACUACCUUGUGCCUGAGUUCUCAGAGAAGUCCGAGUUCAAGCUCAACAACACUAAGCCUGUGGAUGAGUUUGUUGAGGCCAAGGAGGCCGGAUACAAUGCUCGCCCCGUUGUUGUGGGUCCCAUUACACUGCUCUGGCUCGGUAAGGUGUCCAAGGAUGCUCAGGACCCUAACUUCAACCGCUUCUCUCUUCUCCCGAAGCUGACGGAGACCUACGCUGAACUCUUCAAGCAACUUCAUGCCGCUGGUGCCCCCUGGGUGCAGGUAGAUGAGCCUAUUCUUGUGAUGGACACCGCUAAGGAGCUUGCUGGCGAGUUCAAGAGCACCUAUGAGUCUUUGCACAAGGCCGUACCUGAGCUUAACAUUCUGAUUGCCACUUACUUUGGUCGUCUGGAGGACAACGUUGACUUCGUGAAGGAUCUUCCUAUCGCCGGUCUUCACAUUGACCUCGACCGUGCCCCUGAGCAACUUGACGCUGUGCUGAAGGCUGUCGCCUCAACCAAGAUUGGCUUGUCUCUGGGUCUUGUUUCGGGCCGUAACAUCUGGAAGACGGACCUUUCUAAGGCUGUUGAACUCGCCAAGAAGGCAGUCGAAACCAUUGGUGCCGAUCGUGUGCAGGUUGCGUCGUCGUCGUCGCUGCUGCACACCCCUAUUUCCCUUGCCAACGAGAAGAAGCUCUCGGAGGAAGUGAAAGACUGGUUCUCGUUCGCUACCGAGAAGUGCGGUGAGGUUGCCACAAUUGGCCUGGCCUUGCAGAACUCUGAGGCUGCUCAAGAGAAGCUCGCUGCGAAUGCCAAGAGCAUUGCUGCUCGUCGCGACUUUGAGAAGAACUCGGACCCUGCCGUGCGUGAGCGCGUGGCCAACAUCAAGCCCGAGGACUUUAGCCGGAAGUCGCCAUUCCCUCACCGCCGUGAGGUCCAGCGCCAGUUCCUGAAGCUGCCACCCUUCCCCACUACCACCAUUGGUUCAUUCCCUCAGACCAAGGAGAUUCGUCAGUACCGUGCUCGCUUCACCAAGGGCGAGAUUUCUGAGGAGGAGUACGAGAAGUUCCUUGAGGAUGAGAUUAAGUCGGUCGUGCAAAAGCAGGAGGCUCUUGGCCUUGAUGUGCUCGUCCACGGUGAGCCCGAGCGUAACGACAUGGUGCAGUACUUUGGUGAGCAACUCGAUGGAUUUGUGUUCACCCAGAAUGCGUGGGUUCAGAGCUUUGGUUCUCGCUACGUGCGCCCGCCGAUCGUGGUUUCGGACGUGUCGCGCCCCAAGGCGAUGACUGUCCGCUGGUCGUCGUACGCCCAGAGCCUGACCCAGAAGGUCAUGAAGGGUAUGCUCACGGGUCCUGUCACUAUCCUGAACUGGUCGUUCCCCCGUGUUGAUAUUGGCAAGGACGUCCAGGCCUUCCAGAUUGCCCUGGCGCUGCGUGACGAGGUGGUUGACCUUGAGCAGGCAGGCAUUCGUGCCGUGCAGGUGGAUGAGCCCGCCAUUCGUGAGGGUCUGCCGCUGCGCCGCAAGGAGUGGGAUGCGUAUCUCAAGUGGGCUGUUGACUCAUUCCGUCUCUCGGUGAGCGGUGCCUCGGACGCCAUGAACACGGCGAGCCACUUCUGCUACUCAGACUUUAACGACAUCAUGGACUCGGUAAUUGCCCUUGACGCCGACAUGAUCUCGAUUGAGAACUCUAAGAGUGACGCUAAGCUGCUUAAGAUCUUCCAGAGCACUAAGUACCCUAAUGAGAUUGGUCCGGGUGUGUUUGACAUCCACUCGCCUCGUGUACCCUCGGUCGAGGAGAUGACGCAGCGCAUUAAGGACAUGAGUCAAUUCAUUGAUCCUAAGCUGCUCUGGGUCAACCCUGACUGUGGUCUUAAGACUCGCACGUGGGACGAGUGCACUGCGCAGCUGAAGGCCAUGGUCGCCGCCGCCGAGGAGGCGCGUAAGAUGUUCGCCUGA